ACUGAACUACAUGAACAUAAGCUAUGAUUAUAUAUAGACACAUAGUAGCUGUUUGUUUAUAAAUAUGAGUAGUCACACAGAAUAGGCAAAAGGGUGUGUCAUUUUUGAGCUUAUAGAGGAGCUGUUACUACUACUAGCUGCAGCACAACCCACACACAUUUCCCACCUAGCAUGCUCAUGCUUUUCACUCUUGAGCCGCCUUUGUGAUUUAAGAACAACUGCAGAGCAUUUAAGUUUGGUUUUUUCAACUUUUUCUCAAGAUUUUAUGCAGCCGUUUCUUCUGAAACUGCCAUAAUGGUUGCAGAAAGCAUUUAAAGCUGCUUACUUGGAGCCAAGAAUUCUUGAAAACUCCUCCUUUUUUGCCCACCCUUCAGUUACUUUUCUGUACUUGUUUGAGUAUUUUACUAGGGGUUUGCUUGUGGAAACAGUAUAUAAGAUCUGGGCUAAAGAGUAAAAGGCAUCUCAAACAAGAUCUUUGUGAGGCUUGGAGAAGUGUAGUGUGUUGAUAUCAGAGAUAAUGUUGGGUAAUAAGCAAGCAGAGGAAGCUAUUGUUGCCAAUGAAACAGAAAAUGAAGGAAACAGGGAGGAAAGCAAAGAAAUUGAAGAUACUUCUGGUUUGAACCUCAAAAGUUUCCUGUGGCAUGGAGGGUCUGCUUGGGAUGCUUGGUUCAGUUGUGCUUCUAAUCAAGUUGCUCAAGUGCUAUUGACACUUCCAUACUCAUUUUCCCAGCUUGGUUUUCUGUCAGGAAUAUUGUUUCAGAUAUUCUAUGGACUCGUUGGUAGCUGGACAGCUUAUCUGAUCAGUGUUCUUUACCUUGAGUACAGAAGCAGAAAGGAGAAAGAAAAUGUUAAUUUCAAGAACCAUGUCAUUCAGUGGUUUGAAGUUCUUGAUGGAUUGUUGGGACCAUACUGGAAGGCAGCUGGUUUAGCUUUCAACUGUACUUUCUUGCUCUUUGGAUCUGUUAUACAACUCAUAGCUUGUGCAAGUAAUAUAUACUACAUAAAUGACCAUUUGGACAAGAGAACUUGGACUUAUAUAUUUGGAGCUUGCUGUGCAACCACUGUGUUCAUACCCUCUUUUCACAACUACCGAAUUUGGUCAUUUCUUGGCCUUGGCAUGACAACUUACACUGCCUGGUACUUGACUAUAGCAGCUCUUGCUCAUGGCCAGGUUGAUCAUGUGAAGCACUCAGCUCCCCAGAAGCUUGAGUUAUAUUUCACUGGUGCCACCAAUAUACUAUACACCUUUGGUGGUCAUGCUGUUACUGUUGAAAUUAUGCAUGCGAUGUGGAAGCCACAAAAAUUCAAGUACAUCUACCUGAUAGCCACCCUCUAUGUUUUCACUUUGACUCUUCCAUCGGCUUCCGCUGUUUACUGGGCCUUUGGGGAUCAGCUCUUGGAUCACUCCAAUGCCUUCUCCCUCCUUCCCAAGACCCGUUGGCGCGAUACUGCUGUUAUCCUCAUGCUCAUUCAUCAGUUCAUAACAUUUGGAUUCGCAUGUACGCCACUGUAUUUCGUGUGGGAGAAGGUUAUAGGAAUGCAUGACACAAAGAGCAUUUUCUUAAGGGCACUAGCAAGAUUGCCAGUGGUGAUACCGAUAUGGUUCUUGGCCAUUGUCUUUCCAUUUUUCGGUCCAAUUAAUUCUGCAGUUGGGGCUCUCUUGGUUAGCUUCACCGUCUACAUUAUCCCAUCUGUAGCUCAUAUGCUCACAUACAGGAAAGCCUCUGCAAGACAGAAUGCCGCGGAGAAGCCUCCCAAGUUCUUACCAAGCUGGACGGGAAUGUAUGUGAUCAACAUCUUCAUCGUCGGAUGGGUUCUGGUGCUCGGAUUCGGGUUCGGCGGAUGGGCAAGCAUGACAAACUUUGUGAAGCAGGUGGACUCAUUUGGUCUAUUUGCCAAGUGCUACCAAUGCAAGCCUCCAGCUCCUCAUCAUCACUGAGUUGACUCGUAAACCGAACCGAGUCUUACCGAGUGUGACCAAAGUCUCUCAAUAUUUUGUAUUAUAUACAUAGGGUGGUGUCAAAUAGUUCACCUACAUGUGAUGUGUGUUGGAUUUCUUCAUCUUUCUUUAUUAUUAUAUAAAUAUUUUUGGUUCUUUCCCCCAUCCCCCUUGUUAGAUAGUAAAGAAUAGUGUGGUUGAAUUGUAAUGAUUUCUUUGCCAUCAAUGCUUAGGCCAAGUUAUUAUAUCAAAAUAUCAACUUUUAUAUA